CUCAGAGUGUGGGAGUUUGUCGACUGGGGAAUAACGUCAACCGCGUCGAGGUGACUUGAAAGCUCCUCCGUGAGGGGGCGGAUCAGGCACGGGCUCAUUCUGAGCUUAUUUUCAGUGUAUUUUUUUUAGAGCGACGGUUAAGGGAAAAUGAGCUAGAGCUCCCUGCUGAAGUCAAGAAAAGCGUUUUCAGUAAAGUUCUGAGCGUCGGAGCGGCAGAGUAACGUUACUGUUACUGUACAGACAGGACACAAGUGCACUUCAAAGGGCGGUGUGAAGAAGGUGACUCACCAGCUUCUGUGGGAUUUGAUGUCGCCUUUAGAUCGGGUCCACUGAAGAUGGAAACCCUGGAGUCGGAGCUGACAUGCCCGAUCUGCUUGGAGCUGUUUGAGGACCCGCUGCUACUUCCUUGCGCCCAUAGCCUGUGCUUCAGCUGCGCCCAUCGCAUCCUGGUCUCCCACUGUUCCGGCGCAAAGCCGCUUGAGUCUGUGUCGGCCUUCCAGUGCCCAACGUGCCGUCACGUCAUCACGUUAAGCCCACGCGGUCUGGAUGGCCUAAGACGCAAUGUGACACUGCAGAACAUCAUUGAUCGUUUCCAGAAGGCCUCGUUCAGCGGGCCCGGCUCACCCAGCGAGAGCCGCCUUCGCCCCCCACCCCGGCCCCGCAGCGCAACACCAACCGGGGGCAGCGCAAUGUCGGCCGAGCUGCGUGUACCCUGCCAGUUCUGCGAGCAAGAGCCUCCUCGUGAUGCAGUAAAGACGUGUGCCACAUGCCAGGCGUCAUACUGCGAGCGCUGCCUGCGUGCCACACAUCCCAACAAGAAACCAUUCACCAGCCACCGGUUGCUGGAGCCGGCAGGAGAUGGGCACCUACGCGGCCUGGCCUGCCUUGAGCACGACAGCGAGACAGUGAGCCUGUACUGUGCUACAGAUGAGCAGCUAAUCUGUACCCUGUGCAAACUGGUUGGCAGACACCGUGAGCAUCAUGUCACAUCUCUCAGCGAGCGUUUCGACAAACUGAAGGGUUUUCACGUGAGCCCCGGCAGAGUAUCUGAAGCAGUUAUGGAGGCAUCAAAGACAAGCGCUGCGCAAACCCUGGAGAAUAAUCUUACCAAUCUGGUAAAAAGGAACAGUGAGCUGGAAAACCAGAUGGCCAAACUCAUCCAGAUCUGCCAGCAGGUGGAGGUAAAUACGGCCAUGCAUGAGGCCAAACUGGUGGAAGAGUGCGACGAGCUGGUGGAAAUCAUUCGUCAGAGGAAACAGGUCAUCGCUGUAAAGAUCAAAGAGUCAAAGGUGAUGAAGCUCCGUAAGCUGGCUCAGCAGAUAGCUAACUGUAGACAGUGUCUGGAACGCUCCAGUGUUCUUAUCACACAAGCUGAACAGAGUCUUAAAGAGAACGACCAUGCUCGCUUCCUCCAGACUGCCAGAAAUGUGGCAGAGAGGGUUGCCAUGGCUACAGCCUCCUCACAGGUCCUUAUCCCGGAUGUCAAUCUGAAUGAGGCCUUUGACAAUUUUGCCCUUGACUUCUCCCGAGAAAAGAAAAUCCUGGAGGGGCUGGAUUACCUGACAGCCCCUAAUCCGCCAUCUAUUCGAGAUGAGCUCUGCACAGCCUCCCACGACACCAUCACCGUGCACUGGACCUCUGAGGACGAGUUUAGUGUCACGUCUUAUGAACUGCAGUACACUAUCUACACGGGCCAGACCAACUUCAUCAGUCUGUAUAACUCAGUGGACAGUUGGAUGAUUGUGCCCAACAUCAAGCAGAAUCAUUACACUGUGCACGGACUUCAGAGUGGUACUCGCUACAUAUUCUUUGUCAAGGCAAUCAACCAGGCUGGCAGCCGAAAUAGCGAGCCAGCACGCCUCAAAACCAACAGCCAGCCUUUUAAACUGGACCCAAAGACGGCCCAUAAGAAGCUGCGCCUGUCCAACGACUGCUUGACCAUGGAGAAGGAUGAGAGCUCUUUAAAGAAGAGCCACACACCGGAGCGCUUCAGUGGUACAGGUUCCUAUGGUGCUGCUGGCAACGUAUUCAUCGACAGUGGCUGCCAUUACUGGGAGGUGCUGUUAGGAGCAUCCACGUGGUACACCGUGGGUGUGGCAUACAAAUCGGCUCCAAAGAAUGAGUGGAAUGGCAAAAACUCAUCAUCAUGGGUGUUCUCUCGCUGCAACAAUAACUUCCUGGUGCGGCACAACGGUAAAGAGAUGCUGGUGGAGGCGUCACUGCAGCUGCGGAGACUCGGCGUGCUACUGGACUAUGACAACAACACCCUCUCCUUCUAUGAUGCCAUGAACUCACAGCACUUGCACACCUUCGACAUCUCCUUCCUGCUUCCUGUUGCCCCUACCUUUAUGAUCUCGAAUAAAUCAUUGAUGAUCCUGUCUGGCCUGCCUGUGCCCGACUUUGUGGACUGCCCUGAGCAGCAGGACGGCAGCAGCCGGCAGCAAGAGUCUCCAUAUGGCCUGACUAUGAAGAGCUGCAACUGAGACACUCACACAGACUGUUCCAGAACGCUCCAGGAACUUUGUCUCUAGGGCCAAUGGGCUCAUUUUGUCCACUCUGCUUCCUCACAUUUAUUUUGGCCCUACCACUGGCUCACAUUGUUCAUGGUGUGGAUAGAAUCGGUGGAGCUAGGUUUGAAGGAUGCUCAUUUUUUCUUGUUCUUUGCAGUCAGGGGUGUUUGAGUCAUGUUGCAUGACUAUUAGUCAUGGAUUGUGAGAUCUUUAAUGGAGUGGGAAAAGUAUGUAAAUUAUUCACGACUAAUAGGUUGAUUUGCUUCUUUUGUCAGAUUUACUGUUAUCCCUAAAAGCACUUUUUUUGAACAUUUUUGAGUGCCCCGUGUGUAAAAAGAGAAAAAAGAAACUUGACUUAGGACAGGGCAGAACAUUGUUUGGAUAUAAUAUAGUGGAUUUAUCUUCUAAUAGAAAAAGGGAUAUAGAUAUGGAGUUUCUACUGAGGUUAACAUUUAAUAAUAUCUGAUGAAACAAACUCACACUUUCUUAUUCAGGGAGAACAAGGAGAACAUUUUCUUUGUGUUUUUUGUCUAGAUAGCAUGAUAUGUAUUUCCUCUGUGAUUUGUUCCACUAUAUUGGUUUCUUGUUCUGUAUUUUGUGGAAAAGCAUGACAGUCCCACUGCUGAUUUUAGAGACAUGGAUCUGUACUGAUUCAUGUAGGGUUUGUUUUGGGGUUUUUUUUUUAUUGUAAAGCUAAAUCCAUCUCACCAACACAUGAAAGCAUUGCGGGUGAAUUAAAUCUCCAAAGGGCUUUAUGGAAUACAGUUUAUGUCCAAUUUAACAGUUGAAAGAAGGGUCCAAUAAUAACGAUAAUUGCUUCCAUGCUCAUUUUUUUACAGGUUGCUAAGGGAAGUCUAUGUUGAGAUAAACAUGCAGGCAUCUUGAAGCCAAUAAUCACAUCAUAUCACUGCUUUAGAAUUUUUUUUGUUUUGCCUCAUACAGUAUAUGAUUUUCCUCAGUACAAUAUUCAGGGAGGAGUCAGUGAAUGAUGUCACAGACAAUCAUUUCUACAUUGUGGGCAAAAAAUUAUUGUGUAGCAUGAUAAUGUAUAUUGGCAAUAGUAAGCCCCUCCUUAAAACAGAAAUGGGCAUCCAACUGAUCUAUGCUGUCUCUGUGCAGCCAAGAGAGCAGACAUACUACUGAUGGCACUCUCCUGCUGCUGCUACUAUUGUCAUGUGUGAGGUCUCUCUCCUUUAUUUUUCUGCCCCUGUGGCUGCUCAGCUCAGCUCUCCCCUCUCCCAUGGCCAUUUUUGCUUUUCGCUGUUUUUGUGCUAUAGUCCCAGAGCAUGAUUCUGAUCACAGUGUUAAUGCAAGUUCACACCAUAUUAUUAUUUCUCAUGUGUUCUGUGAGGUCAUUAUUAAUUGUCACGGUUAGACAAAGGCGAAUGAGGAUCAUUACAUUAAUACUAUUGGAAACAUACAUGCACAAUAAAUGGCAGUUGCUGCAAAGGUUUAUUUUUUUCCUGUACGAGCUUGACAAAUUUUCAGCUGUCCAAUAUCUUGAUUCUUUAUAUUGUCAAUUGAGUUAAGAUGCCAUAGUGGACCCUAAACAUGAAAGCAAUAUAUGUGGAUUGAGAGAGUCCAUUUUGAACAUUUCCAUUUUUAUUGACUUUUUUUGGUUGUUUAUUUUAAUAACAGUUAUAUUUCAGAAGCCAUUUAGGUAGGGUAACAGGUAAGCAAAGGUUUUCCAAAAUGCAUAAGUCUUAUUCAGGGGCUGUUCAUCUCUGACUGACAGGUUUGAAUCGUUUGUUUGUGUAUGUCACUAGGUCCUUCUGACCAGUAGAACUGCUUCCUAUUAAUAUUCUAUACUGUUUUGUAAGAAGAAUGUGCAGCAUAGAGAUCACUGAACAUUUUGCUAUACUGCAUAUCAGGUUUACAACUAGCUGUGUAUUUCUUUGCAUUUAAAACUGAUCACUUUUGCAUCUCCAGUAAGAAAAAAUAUGAGCUUACACAGUUUCAUCUUUUUUCUUUUUUUAUUUGGUGAUCAAACACUACUGUGUUUAUCAUGUUUCUGUGUCGAACGUUCUAUCGAUUUUAGCAAGACGAGGAUGUAAAUCAUAGGGGGAAAUAUAUAUUAUAUGAAAUUGUAUAAUAUACAAAUAUAUGAACAUUGUUAUUUAUGUGAGCUGAAACCCAAUUAAAAAAAUCUGAUCCCAAACA